UUUUUUGUAUUGAGUAUGUAAGCCCAGCCCACAAACAUAAAAUGAUUCUCACUUGGUGCCACUCUCAGAAUUUUCUGGAGAAUCAACUCCCUUUCCAUAUCCCCUGAGACUGAUAACCCAGCACCCAGAGCACAAGGAAGAGGGUACAGAAGCUAUAGGUAUCAGUCCAUGGCUUUGCAUAGCAGAUGCACAAUCUCAGCAAUAUCUCGCGCUUUAUCUCUCACCAACUCCAUCUCCAACACUCACACUCCACUCUUCUUCCGCACUCUCCUCCAAUGCACAUUCUCCACAUCACUCUCACCUCCUUCAUCUGCAACUGCACCCCUCAGAGCUUCAAACUUCAUCACCAUUUACCGGCAUUUCAUCUCCACCAAAAAGGGUAUCGACACCAAGGUCAAUUUCUCCCUCUCCGAUUCCGACGACAGCGACGACGAAAAUAGCGCCACCGCCACCGCCACCCCUCAACCCGCCGACAAGAGCAAGAACCUCCCACCCCCUUACGACCCCUUCAGCAAGAAGCCAGCGAUAGAAGACCCUGAAGACCCCAAGGACUUGCAGGAGAUUUUCCAUAACAUGAGGAGUGGUGAUGGGUUGUUCAACCAUGCAGUCAAGAUGUUCGACGCUUUGUCCAAAGAGGGUCUGACCCAUGAAGCGCUGGAGCUUUUCGGUCAGAUUAAGGACAAGGGUCAGAUGCCCGACGUGGUGGCUCACACCGCCGUUCUCGAGGCCUAUGCCGGCGCGGGGAAGUCGAAGGAGGCUCUCAAGGUUUUCAUGCGGAUGCUUGCUUCUGGGGUGUCUCCGAAUGCUUACACCUACGCGGUUCUUAUAAGGGUACUUGUGAAAGAUGCUAAGUUCUUGAAGGAUGCUAAGAAGUAUGUUUUGGAAAUGAUGGAUAAAGGGAUGAGACCUAAUGCUGAGACGUACACCGCCGUGUUUAAGGGGUUGGUUAGGGAGGAGAAGCUGGAUGAGGCUGUGCAGUUGCUGGAGCAAAUGAAGGCUAAAGGGUUUGUUCCUGAUGAGAAGGCUGUUGGGGAGGUUCUGGCUGAUAAAAGGGGUUCUGUUUUCAGAAAUGUCAUGAACAUCCUUUUUGGCAACUAGCUAAAGCUAGUUAACUCUCAAGAGUGUGGUGUGGAAGAUUUGGAAUAUGGAAUUUUGGGGUGACUUUUGACAAUGAAGUGUUUGUUCACUAGUUCAGUUGCCUUCAACCAAGUUUCAUGUUAACAGAACAUUUAAACUCCUUUCACAUUUGAGCUCCUCUCAAAGAUAUCCAAACCUACCAGAAACUUGCACAUUUAGUUUGUGACUUGUUUUAUAUAUAUGGAUUUUGUUGGUUAUGCGUUUCCCUUGGAUACAUUGAAGCAGAUAUUCACUAAAUGUGUGAUUGCAUUAGUGUUUUUAAUAUUGGAAACGAGUGAUUCAUGUUUAGAUACAUUUCUCAAAA